AUGGAGAAGAAGGUUGUUAAUGGACAAAAGGAGCAACAUCCUCAGCAACCAAUCCCUUUACUGACUCCAUACAAAUUGGGACCUUUCCAGCUCUCCCAUAGAAUUGUCAUGGCACCUAUGACAAGGCAAAGAUCUUACAACGAUAUUCCACAGCCACAUGCUCUUUUGUACUAUUCUCAGAGAGCCACCAAAGGGGGUCUGAUAAUAUCAGAAGCCACUGGCAGUUCUGAGACAUGGAGAGGCUAUGUACACACGCCUGGUAUAUGGACAAAGGAACAAGUUGAGGCCUGGAAGCCUAUAGUAGAUGCAGUUCAUGCCAAAGGUGGUAUAUUUUUCUGCCAGAUUUGUCAUACUGGGAGGGUGUCAAAUUAUGGUUUUCAGCCAAAUGGGCAGGCUCCAAUUUCAUCUACUGACAAGAAAUUAGCUGCUCAAGUUCGAAAUGGCGUUGUUGUUGCAGAAUUUUCACCUCCAAGACGCUUAAGGACAGAAGAAAUUCCUGAUAUUGUCAAUGAGUUUAAGCUUGCUGCCCUUAAUGCUAUUGAAGCUGGUUUUGAUGGGGUUGAAAUCCAUGGAGCUCAUGGUUACUUGAUAGACCAGUUCUUGAAAGAUUCAGUCAAUGACAGAACAGACGAAUAUGGAGGUUCUCUGGAGAACCGUUGCAGAUUUGCUCUGGAAAUAAUUGAAGCUGUGUCCAAUGCAAUUGGACCACAAAGACUUGGAAUAAGGCUUUCCCCCUUUGCUAAUUAUCUAGGAUCAGCAGAUUCAAAUCCAGAAGCUCUAGGCCUUUAUAUGGCUGAAGCCUUGAACAAGUAUGGAAUUCUGUACUGCCAUGUGGUUGAGCCAAGGAUGAAACUUAUUGGAGAGAAAUUUGAAUGUUCCGAUAGUCUUCUGCCAAUGAGAAAGGCCUUCAAAGGUAAUUUUAUUUCUGCUGGUGGUUAUGACAGGGAAGACGGCAACAAUGCUGUGGCUGAAAAUCGUACUGAUCUUGUUGUAUAUGGGCGUCUGUUCCUGGCUAAUCCUGAUUUGCCUAAGAGAUUUGAGUUGAAUGCUCCUCUCAAUCAGUAUAAAAGAGAGACUUUCUACACAUCUGAUCCUGUGGUUGGCUACACUGAUUAUCCAUUUCUUGAAAGCAAUGCCUGA